CCACGCUAAGGGAGAUGACGUCAAAAGCGGUCGACCGCAUGCAGUGCUGCUCAUGUAGUUGAAGAUGAGAUGAGAAGAUAUAACUGAACAACAACUUAUAUCCGAAUUCUUUUAAUACUUCAUCAGCUGUCCAGCACAAGUUUGCCCAAGAAGUCCCCCCAAGAGACACUCUACUACUCAAAAGAAGAACAGAUCCGUCGGAAAAAAAAGGUUAUGCGUUAAGCUCCGAGAGACAAGAUGCCCUACCACUGUGUGGCAUAUGGAUGCGGCAAAACUGCAGACGAUGGUGUGGCCAUGUUCAGAUUCCCCAAGGACCUUGAGGAGUUUCGCAAAUGGGAGAAGCAGGUCCAGCGCACACGUGCCCAGUGGGUCGCCACACCCAACUCUCAUCUUUGCAGCGAGCAUUUUGGCAGGGAGUACUUUGAGACCAGAACCCCUGCAGGGGUUCUAAAGCUGAGACCGGGAGCAGUUCCUACGGUAUUUGUUCGUCCACGCUGUUUCUCCUGCAGCGGAGCCGGUUGUAAAAGCUGCCUGCCUGCUAUACAACAUCGGGGCGUUCUGUCUGAACCAACAAAGCAUAGCGCUAGUGCAGAGUACAAUGAAGUGGAAGCGACUCAGCUUGCCGCUGGCGCUGGAGGAAGUGAAGAACAACCGACAGGAGAAAAGUCGAAGCCACGGAAGAAAUGCAUUGAUGAGCAACCAGUGGUGUGUGAGAGGUGUGGGAAAAUUGGCACUGUUGAUACAUUUUUCUCAAAGUCGAAACGUUUCUGCAGUACGUCCUGCUCACGCUCAUAUUCAUCAAACUCCAAGAAGUCCUCCAUCUUGGCACGUCUACAGGGAAAGCCCCCCUCAAAAAAUGCCACCGUGCUUCAGAAGGUGAACAAAGCCCAUCCAGCCCCGACAGGAGUUGAAGCGUUUGCUGGCUUUGACUGGGGCACCUACUUGGAGAAGGAAACAUCUCUGGCCGCGUCCGUCUCCUGCUUCAGACAUGCUCCUCUCUGUGCCCACUGGGACGACGUCAGUGUCGGGAUUAAAGUGGAGGUCCUGAACACGAACGCCAUCCUUCCCAGUAAAGUCUACUGGAUUGCUACUGUCAUCCAGAUUGCAGGAUACAAGGCUCUGUUGAGAUAUGAAGGCUUUGAGCACGACAGCAGCCAUGAUUUCUGGUGCAGCCUUGUGUCUGGAGAGCUGAACCCAGUUGGGUGGUGCGCCAUGACCGGCAAGCUGCUGGUGCCACCACAAGAUGUGAAGCAGAACAUCUCGGACUGGAAAGAGUAUCUCAUGAAAAAGCUGGUGGGGGCUCACACUCUACCUGUUGACUUCUACUUGAAGCUGGCAGAAAGCAAGAAGACCAAUUUCAAAGCGGGGAUGCGCGUGGAGGUGGUGGACCCCAAGCACGUGAGCCGGACCCGCAUCGCCAUCAUAGAUUCCAUCAUUGGCGGACGCCUGCGGCUGGUGUACACCGACCAAAGCGACGCCCCUCCCAACGUCACCGCAGAUUUCUGGUGCCACAUGUGGAGUCCCCUCCUGCACCCGAUAGGCUGGUCCAAUAAAGUGGGUCAUGCCAUUAAAGCACCGUCCAACUCUGUGGAAGCUUCCGUUGGAGGAUUGAAGGGUAACUCUGACACUCCAUUCACACUCUUUAAAAAGCCGCGGAUUGUCUAUAUGGAGGGAAGUUUCUUUGAAGAGGGAAUGAAGCUGGAGGCCAUUGACCCUCUCAACCUUGGAAGCAUCUGUGUCGCCACUGUACACAUGGUGUUGUUCGAGGGCUACCUGAUGGUGGGCAUCGACGGCACCAUAUCAAACAACGGCUCCGACUGGUUUUGUUACCAUGCUUCGUCUCAUGCCAUUUUCCCAGUGGACUUCUGCAAAAAGAACAACAUCCCUCUCACUGUACCCCAAGGUUAUGAUUCUCAGACCUUCACCUGGGACAAAUACCUGAAGGAAACCAAAGCGAAAGCUGCUCCGGCGAGACUGUUCAAUGCUGACUACCCAGGUCACAGCUUCUCCCCCAACAUGAAGCUGGAAGCUGUGGACCUUAUGGAGCCGCGGCUGGUGUGUGUGGCCACAGUGAAGCGCUGCGUCGGCCGCCUGCUGCUCAUCCAUUUCGACGGCUGGGAGGACGAGUUUGACCAGUGGGUCGACCACCAGUCCCCAGACAUCUACCCCGUUGGCUGGUGUGAGCUCAUGGGCUACCAGCUCCAGCCGCCUCCAGGACUCGUACCUUUAAAUGAAAACCAGGGGCCUCGGAGCAAGAAAUGCAAGGUUGUGUACGGGAAAAAGAAGAAGAGGUACACAAAGAAGAGGCUGUCUCAGGACCAAGCCAAAGAUGAUGGUGAUGAGCACACCGAGGCCAGUGUCUCUGAUGGUGCUCAAAGCCUUCCUCCGGUAGUGCCACUUAUCCAGCCCAAGAUUGAGGCAGAGGAGCAGGAGAUCUUGUCAGUGCAGGUGAAAGUGGAGGAGAUGGAGAUGGAGACCCCGAUCGAGCCUCCAGACAACCCUCAACAAGACUCUCAGAGAAUAAUCAAGCAGGAGGACGGAGGGCUGCGGACUAAGUCAGCAGAGAAGAGCAGCCUGGAAAAUGCAGCACAUGAAAAGACGUCGCAAACUAAAACUGCAGAAAUCGGAGGAGAAGAGCUCAGAUCACUGGAAGAGAGCUCUGCUGGUGAUGGCACCAUGGAGGUGAGUGAAAAUGAAAUACCAGACCAAGUGGAUGCAAAUCAAGAAAAUGACACUACCAUGGAUGAGAGCACAGAGGCCAAUAUUGAGAAAGACACUACAGGAGAAGCUGGAGGAACUGUGAAAUGAGCAUGUCGGCUUGAAGAUGGAGCAAAGAGACUGAAAGGGCUGCGAGGUUGAAAAAGCCUCCAGGGGUAUGUUAGUUGGGAGAACUAGUUUGAUUGUUCAAAUGCAUAAUUACUGAGAGUUUGGUCCUUGUUAUGUAGGCGAAAACAUGUAGCUCCUCAUCCACCUAGUAUACUUUAAGCUUUUUGUUAUGAGGCAGCAGGAUGCUGGUUACGUUUCUGAAAGGUUGGUCUGCUGCUAGUCAAACUGACUGACUGUUAAUCACAUACAACGUAAAAUAAAACUAAUCUGCUGACAAGAAAAGGACAAUCACAAACCUGACACAGACUUCAGAGAGUGGCAAGUGUGAGAUAAAACACUAAUGUUCAUUACUGCAUUUCUCUCGUGUGUCGGCAUUAUGACUCCACAACUAACAAGAGCUAUCAUUUAAAGAUGUAAUUACAAAAUGUUAAUACAGACAAAUCGCUGAUGGAGGACAGUACAAAUAUUUUACAUUAAAAAUAAGAUUGCAUGUUGUUCAUCUGAAGCAGCUUAAACUGUUUGAAAACUACCUCACGUUCUUUAUGUUCCACUCUAACGAGGCAUUUCUGCAGAAACUUGUUUACUUUUAUGAACGCGACACAGUCUGAGAUCAAACCUGUAAAUAUGACUGAAAAUCAUGAUGAGCUGCUAUGUUUGACAGUCUUCACCUUUUAUUUUCUUUUGUACAUAUGCAUUCAAUGAUAAAAAUAAUACCCUUAUA